GUAAUGCUCUUCUUUAACAAAGAAACAAAGAAACAAGAAGGAAAGAAAGCUCAUGGAGAUCGAGAUUGAAAGCCCGGGAGAUCCCAGUUGUUCUACUGACACCAUGGAGAAGAAGAAGAAGAAGAAACAGCAGCACAACCCUAAUACAAAAGAAAAGAACAGUUUGGAGCAACAGAACGGUGAGCAUCUGGGAACCAGAGAACAUUAUGCUAAUCCAAACUGCAAACAUGCGUCCAAUCCUUAUCAUUCAUGUGGUCCAUAUUGCUCUCCAUCUAAUAAUUCACAUCCAACCCAAUCUAGAGUUACUAAUAUGAAUGAAGUCCUUGCAAAUCAAAGAAGAAAAGAAAUAGCAAAAGGAAAAGCCAUAAAAGCAGAACCAGGAGGUGUUAAUGGUGUUAAACAAGUGAUUGUAGACAAGAAGAUUGCGAAUCCUAAUUGCAAAAAUGCUUCCAAUCCUUACCAUGUAUGUGCUGAAUAUUGUUUGUCAAAAGCCUCUAAUCAAGGACAAACCAAGGGUGUCACAGUUGGCUCAAAACAACCAUCCAAGUAUUUGAAUAUAAAAGGAGGAAAUUCAAAUCCAAAUUCCAAUUCCAAUUCUAAUAUCAAUUUCAGUGGCAAUUCCAAAUGCAAAAAUGCAUCCAAUCCAUAUCAUAAAUGUGCUGAAUAUUGCUUCAACACUCCUAACCAUGAUCAGCAGCCUAAAAAAGAGAUAGAGAAAAUGAAGAAGAGGAAUGGGCAUUCUAGCAGUGUUGAUGCAUUUAAUCCUCCAAAGAAUCAAGUGAAGGCCAUUGAAUCAAAUACAAAGGAAGGUGAUGAAAAGUUAAUGGACAAUGACAACAAGAGGAAUUCAUGGAGUUUUUAUGAGGAAGAUCUAAUAGAGAGAGUCAGCAUUUUGAAUGGAAGUGAGCAUGAUUUAGAGGCAUCUUAUGAGAGGGAUUUACACCUUCAAGAAAUAGAUUCAUUUGAUUUUCACUCUCAAAAGAUAAGUAAAGCUGAGGAAAAUAAGAAAACAGAGGAGGUGAAGAUGGAAGUACUGCAGCAAAUGAAGAUAAAUGCACCAAAUUCAUACAGUAAUAGUGUCCCAAAUUUGCUCAAGAAACUUCCUAAAAGUGAUAAUCAAUAUAAGAAUAGAAAGGCAAUCUCAUCGCCAUGCUCGCCGUUUCACUUUGGUUUGUUGCUCAUUUCUGUUUUAUAUUACAUAGCACAUGUAAUUAUCACUGGUGCUGUUUUCCCGGAAGGAAAAACAUAUGCAAGAAUAAAGUACAAAGAAUCAGAGGAUAUCAAAAGAGAAGGUAUAGAUACAUCCAGUUUCUAGUAUCACAAAUGUAGCACAUGAAUGUUGAGUUAAUGAUUGUUUUAUGUACAAUACCACACUUUUGUUACUACUUGUAUCUGUUUAAGUUGUAAUAACUUCAUUUCUCUUUGUUAGUUAGAUCUGUUUCUUUUCUUUGUUUUUAAGAUAAAGUAAUGUAACUUCCCAGAAAGUAACACA